AUGUCGAAGCGGGACAGGUUCGUGCGCGCGCGGCGCCUGCGCAAUGUGUUCGACUACGUCUCUCUACCUAUUGUUCGCGAGCCGCCUCACGCCUCCCGUUCCCGCGUUCCAGCCUCGCCGCGUCGCGGCGCGGCUGCGACAGUCGCGCCGGCGACAGUCGCGUCGCCGGGGGUGGAGCUGCCGCCGGAGUCGCAGCACGCGGGCCGCAACCCUCGCUCUGCAUCUCAAAACUUUUUACAGCUCAUAUCUGGCUACGACGCCGCCGCCGACGACGACUGGCCUCUCUCGGCCCUCUUCUCUGCGCCCGCGAGUCGCAGGCAAAGCGGCCGCGUGGCGAGCUUGCCGGUGCUGCUGCUGCCGGUGGCGGUGCAGGACACGCGGCGCUUCGAUGCGAACAGCGGCAGACCUGCUCGAAGACGACCCGCGAGUGAGUACGACGACGAAGAGGACGAGCGGCCCUCGCGCCGCGGCCUCGCCGGCGCCGGCGACGACGAUCCCGACGACGAGGACCGCGCCCCGCGCCGCCGCCCGGCCGCCAGGGCGCCGCCGUACAGCGCUGAAUCCGCAUUUCCAGUAUUCCGCGACAAGCCGCAUGUUCCCCCCGUCGAGUCGUCGCAGCGGCUCGUGGAGGCGUUCCGCGCGCAGGCGCCGGCGCCGGCGGGCGACGAGUGGCCGCCGGCCAUCGCGCAGUCGGAGUUCGACGCGAGCGAGCGCGUGCUGCUCGCCGACGACGACGACCACGACGCCGACGAGUGGGCGCCGCACGCGCGCGCGCUCCGCUCCGCGCCCGCGCCCGCGCCCGCGCGCCCGCGCCUCAAGCGCGCGCUCAAGAUACGCGCCGUGCUCACGGUGCCGAGGGCUGGCUUCUCUGAAGCUUACACCGUUUGGUGGGAGCCCGGCGGCGACGCGCGCGUGCACUUCCAGGACGGCUCGGCGGCCACGUUCCGCAAGCUGCUGCCCGACGGCCGAGUGCAGAAAGUUGAGAUGCACGUGGACCGCACGGCCGGGCGCGUGCUGCGGCGCUGCGCCACCAGCGUGGCCGCCGCCGGCGCCGCCGACCGCGCGCACCCCGCGCUGCCCGACCUGCAGCUCUUCACCUUCGCAGGCUACUCGGAGGGCGCGGAGCGCUGGCUGUACCGCGCGGAGGGCGCGGCGGGCGGCGCGCGCGGCGAGGCGCUGACGGCGCUGCACGAGCUGUGGCUGCUGCGCGACGGCGAGGACUCCGCCCUGCCGCUGCGGUACAACGUGGUGGUCAACAGCUCGGUGCUGGGCGCCGACUGCGACGGCUACCAUCACACCUACUUGGACGUGUACUACCACGAUAAAGAACCGGAGUUUUUCGAAGCCAACUUAGACGAGCUGUGUGACGUGGUGCAGCGGCUGAACGCGUCGGAGCCCGACGCGCUGGCGCGCCUCGAGCCUCUGCGCGAGUUCACGCUGCCGCGCCGCGACCCGCGCUACGACGCCGUCAUCGAGCGGUUCAAAGUCCAAAACGAGCGUCAGUACGUCGACGACGCAGAGGAGGCGGUGCGCAAGAACGCCGUGAUGCAGAGCUCGCGCUUCGUGGCGUCCGGCAACCGCGCCGGCGCCACCUUCCAGCUCGGCCUCAACUUCCUGGGAGAUCGCCUCGACGACGAAAUGCGCGGACUGCGCGGCGCGGCGCGGGGCGGCGCGGGCGAGCACGCCGAGCGCUUCCCGCACGGGCGCCGCGCGCUGGGCUCGCUGGCACCGCGCCUGCCCGCGGCCUUCGACUGGCGCGCCGAGGGCGGCGUGUCGCCCGUGCGCUAUCAGGGGCAGUCGUGCGCGUCGUGCUGGGCGUUCGCCACGGUGGGCGCGCUGGAGGGCGCGCUGUUCCGCCGCAGCGGCCGCCUCACGCCGCUCUCCGAGCAGCAACUCGUCGACUGCGCACACCCGUUCGGCGGCAAGGGCUGCGCGGGCACGUGGCCGAGCCGCGCCUACGACUACGUGCAGCAGCGCGGGCUGGCCGCGCUCGCCGACUACACGCCGUACCGAGAGAAGGUGGAGAGCUGCAAGGAGCAGGCGGUGGCGCCCGCCGCGCGCAUCAGCGGCCACGUCAACGUCACCAAGCACAGCGUGCCCGCGCUCAAGGUGGCGAUCAAGCAGCACGGGCCCGCCGUCGUGCUGGUGGACUCAAGCCCCAAGAGCUUCAGCCUCUACAGCAAGGGAGUGCUCUACGACGAGCGCUGUUCUAAGAAAAGUGCGAAGCACGCCGUGGUGGCCGUCGGGUGGGGCCAGGAGAGGGGCGAGCCGCACUUCAUACUGAAGAACUCGUGGUCGGAGGCGUGGGGCGAGCGCGGCUACGUCCGCGUGCAGGCGCGCGCCAACACGUGCGGCGUGCUCACGCACCCCUCCUACCCGCGCCUCGAGCCCGACGACGUGCUGAGCUGAGCGCGCUCGCCGGCCGAGGACGACCAUUGACGAAUUCAUUGCAAUAGUAGGGGUCCAAUAAAACGUUUCAAAAUC